AUGUUUUCUUUUAGUGGUAAAAAAGGAAGGAGAAAACCACGAAAGAGGAAAGGAAGACUUACUGUAGAGGAAGAGGCGAAGCCAAAAGAACAGAAAAGGUCCCCGUCGAAACAGCAACCACUACGGCCAAAAACCCCUGCAGGAUCGGAACGAAAAGAUGCUGACGAAUCAGUUGCGAAGAAAAUGCAGGUAAAGGUGUUCGUGGAAGAAACGCUCCGGAAGGGUGUCCAGGGGCUCAUCGCUGAAUUCAAAGGAAUGAGGCGUAUGAACGACUUCAAUCUCAUGACUGAAUUUGUGCUUCAAAAUCCAUUGGGCCGCAACAGAUAUAAGGCUCCUCUACCGAAAACUUGUCCAGAUUUUUGGAAUAUGGUAGUUCAAGAGAAAAGUGUGGCCAUACUCAUGCUGUGUAACUUCAUUGAGCAGGUGAAACCCAGAUUAGUGCUGCAGAUA